AUGAAGUCCUGCAAACCCUGCGGCCCGUCUGCGGGAGCACGCGCCGCGCCCCCGUGCGCGGGCGGUGCCGAGUGCGCGGGCACGUGUGCCGGAGCCGGACGGCUGGAGAGCGCGGCGCGCAGGCGCCUGGCGGCCAACGCGCGCGAGCGCCGUCGCAUGCAGGGUCUCAACACAGCGUUCGACCGUCUGCGCAGGGUGGUGCCCCAGUGGGGCCAGGAUAAAAAACUGUCCAAGUACGAGACCCUACAGAUGGCGCUGAGCUACAUAAUGGCACUGACCCGCAUCCUGGCCGAGGCCGAGCGAUUGGGCUCGGAGCGGGACUGGGUCAAUCUCCACUGUGAGCACUUCAGCCAUGACCACUACCUGCCGUUCGCAGGCGCAAAGCUGCCGGGCGAGAGCGAGCCGUACGGCCAGAGGCUCUUCGGCUUCCAGCCAGAGCCUUUCCAGAUGGCCAGUUAGGGCGCGCGGCUCCGCGGGGGUGAAAUGCCCAGGGAUCCCGCUCCCCACCGCAGACUCCCCUCACAUAGCUGCAGUGGCCAAGGAUUCUUCAUAUCAAAUUAAUAAACUUCCAGGUUACUUUCAGUCAUAUCAUCACACCUACGGACGCAAUCAUUUUAUUGCAUCUUCCUUUUCUGUAUUUUGUAGAUUUCAUUAACGAAUCUUGUGAAUUACAUUGCUCUGAUAAUAAUGCCCUAUCCCCUUUCCUGGACUACUUUGAGGGGAAAACAAGUUUAACAGAAAAUAGGAGUAGGCUCUACUGCAAUUUCAGUCCUCAGAGAAAUGAUCACCUUAAACUUUGUAAGUUUGUGGGGUUCGGGUGAAGUUACAUGAUGCGUUGCUUGUGUAGACUCAAUACAGCUGCCCUCCCGUCGUGUAAAUGCAUUUAUGCCCAGUGUAUCGUGUGUG